AUGGAAAGCUGUACGGAAAGCCGUAGCGCCAACAUCCUUGUCAAUUAUGCUCACAGACUCAGUUCCCUGCAUCUUCUACCUAACGCCCUCCUUGCUGGCAUUUACUUCCUCCUUCGAUACAAGAAGGGUCUUGCCCCUGGUCAACUCUCAAUGACGCCUUCGGCCAAGGGUGAUGAGCAGUUAUCAGUCCUGAAUAUUAAAGCCUUUGCUACCCGAUCCAUGAUUUCACACUGCCUAAUCAGUCUAGCAUAUUGCCUUUUGACUUUGGGCAUUAAAACCAGGAGGCCGACACUAAUUGAAUUUAUCCAGCAUAUCGACACGCCAGAAUAUCUACUCCGAAAAUGCAGUUAUUUACAGCAUGCCGCCAACACCGUCUGUCUUCUGGUGUGUCUUAAUCUGGACACCACAGAUGGACAGCUCCUGGAGUUUGACGAUGACUCCGAAGAUGCAGAGACCAUUCCGCUAAAUUUCAACAACAUUGCUGAUGAACUGGACUGA